CCACCGAACUCGACGACUUCAACUUUCCUCGAAAUCCUGCGUUGACUUGUUCUGCGGCCAGCUUUUGGGUGCCAGACUCUUUUCAUACUGCAAUCCCUCGAGUUCUCCACGAGCGAAGCACGUCCAUUGACAAGUUGGAGAUACAAUGGAUCCGUCAAGCAUAUUCCGACGCCAACUCAACACCGAUUCUAAUGACGAUGGGAGCGACACUUACAAUGGAUACUGGUGGUAUAGCACUACUGCCUACGCUAUCAAAUGGGCUGUGAUAGCCGCGAUCCUUGUACUAUUCUUCCUCUUCUUCGUCGGCGGAUACCUGCAUGCCAGAAGAAGGAUGCGUAAGGGUCUUCCUCCGUUGGCAUAUCAUAGGUGGUUGGUCCCAAGAGCACAACGAAUUGCUUUCGCCCAACGAUAUCCUCAAUACGCGCAUCAAGUUGGAAUGUACAGAACGACACAAACUCCUUACGGUCAUGGUCACGCAUAUCCCAUGGGAGUUUAUGGGCCACCUCCACCUGCAUAUCACGAGCCAGACUAUGUGCCUGCGUACACGCCGCAAGCACCGAACAAGGUCGAUCCCGAUCAGAAUAAGCAGUUCGUCCCUCCUUAUGGACCUCCGCCUCCGCCAAAUGCUGCAGGUGGACUCGGCGUGCCGAGUGGGGAGCCAAGUCAGCCUGCUAGGGCGUUCAGUCCGUCUGGAAGGGCUUGAUUCAGUACAUGCUUUGGGAGAGUGCCAAAAGUUGAACACAAAUUGUGAGAAUAUGAGGCUGGAGGGUGCUCGAAGCACAAACAAAAGCUUCCGGCUAUUGAAAACCACACUGUACAAGGGGUAUCAUCUAUGAAACAUU